GGAAAGGGACAUAUGAUUGACAGUUGUUAAUUUUAGGAAUAAUGAGUAAAUUAAUGAAUAUCCCUGGCAAGUUAAAUAGGUAUCUCGCUAUUCUCGCUGGAGUGAUUAGUCGGCAAUUAUUCCAUUGUGAAUUGUUUUUAAAGAAAAUAUAAUAUUUUAUUGUUACAAUAAGAAGAUUGUGAAUAUUGUGUUAAGUGGGUCUCAAUUUCUGUGGAAUGUUUUAUCGCUAUGGCUCAGUCAAAGACUACGUUUACUCCGUUUUUGAAACAAUGCUACGUAACGGCAGGUGUGUGCAUCGACGUAAUCGGCCACGGCUGCAUCGUUGGCUACCCAGCAAUACUGCUGCCUCAGCUGCAUGAAGAACGCAGUAUUCCACUCACUGAGGAUGAAGGCUCUUGGAUCGCAUCAGUCCUGGGUAUUGCCAUGCUGAUCGGCAUAUUCCUGACCCCUCCAGCCAUGGGGCGGCUGGGUCGCAAGGCGGCCCACUACAUCGUCAUAAUGUCGCUCCUGGCUGCGUGGUUCAUAUUCGCCAGGGCUUCUACUGUCACGGAACUGCUACUAGCAAGAAUACUACAAGGCCUAUCAUUCGGCAUGUUCACUACGCUCCGGUCUGUAGUAAUCGGAGAAUACACUAGUCCCAAGAACAGAGGAGCAUUCCUGACCACCAUAUCUUUAGCGCAAGGGUUCGGAAUAAUGCUCGUACACCUCAUAGGAUCUUUCGUUCACUGGAAGAUCACCGCCUUAAUCUGCGCCUGUUUUUCAUUCGUAAGCCUCAUCAUGACGAUCUACUCCCCAGAAUCCCCCAGUUGGCUCGCCGAUAGAGGACGAUAUGACGAAUGCAGAGAGGUAUUCCGUUGGCUAAGAGGCAACGAUGAGGAACAGGAACUAGCAGAAAUGAUCGAAGCGAGACUCGCUUUGAAAAAGCCAACCAACAAAGAGAACCGUUUAAAGACAGUAGGAACGAUAAUUUUGAAAAAAGAAUUCUUCAAGCCGUGUCUGAUAAUGCUUCACAUGUACAUUGUGAUGUCGUUUUCUGGCAGCAUGACCAUUGCUGCGUACUCCACGACUAUUAUAUCAAAACUCACAGGACCCGGCACAGACCCGCACAUGUGGAUGGUAGCUUUGGACACUCAAAGACUAGUCUCCAAUACUAUUGCCAUCUAUAUUAUAAACAGGGUCAGAAGACGAACGAUGGUCUUCGCAACUUUAGGUCUAAACAUUGUUAGUCACAUAGCUAUAGCUGGGUACGUGUUCAGUAAGUACCACGGCUAUUUGUAUUACGAUGCUAAAUGGAUAGCAGGCGUUUUACUGCUGUCACAUUACUUGUCAAUAGCAAUUGGUAUGGUGCCUUUACCAGCGGUCAUAGCUGGCGAGGUCUUCCCAUUAGCUUACAGAAGUAUUGGAGGAAGCAUCAGUGUAGCGUUUUAUGCAGCCUUCAUGUUUUUAGCUCUUAAAACGUUUACAGGUCUAGUUGACAGCAUAGAGCUGUAUGGGACGUAUGUGGUUUAUGCAGCACUGUUAACCUAUACUUUAGUUGCUAUCUGGUGGCUGAUGCCGGAGACGAAAGGCAAGACAUUGCAAGAAAUUGAGAAUGAGUUCAGAGGCGAAGUGAAACGUGAACAUGAGAUGAUGCCAUUAAGGUCUGAUGUGGAGAUGAGCUGUAUGAAAUCUUAGCUUUAAAUUGAAGUAAUAUUUAAAGAUGAAAUAUUGAAGAAGUAAUAAUGUAAGAAGGAGUUUUAUAGACAAUUUUAUAUGUUCUCAGACAAUGCAAGUAAAAUGUUAGCAUAAUGAAAAGAAGUUUUUAUACAUUGGGUGGGUAACAUUAAUUUAAUCAUCUGGAAAAAUUAUCCAGUCCUGUUUUAGCAAUGCUACACGUCCAUACUGUAUUGUCAAACUUGCAAUGACAUAAAUUUAAAAAAAUUGGGGAAAUUUGCGUACAUCCAUUGCAAGAUGAACUAAGUACCCACACCUUACCAAGAUUUGUGUAUUGAUACUUUAAUGUUGAUAGAAAAUAACUACCUAGUUACUAACUAGAGAUAAGAGAUUCCAUGUAAACAUUAUCAAUUCAAUUGAUUCUUAUGCGCAGUUAACAACUAUUCUUAUAGCCUUAGAAACAUCUUGAACCACGAGCAUAAACAUUUUAUAAUUAUUAGCUUAAACAAGUAACACAUUAUGUAAUCUGUUUGCGUAUUUAUCUGAAUGCUCUGAUUACCGAAUAUAGCUAAAUGAACUCUUUUGAUAUGACCAUAAGGUUAUCAUUUAUGGUUUACGUAUUUUAGGUGAGUCUCAUGCAAAUUAAUGACAUGUUUACUGAAUUUUCUUUUCAUGUAGUAAGAUUAUCUAUCAUAAUUAUUUUUAUGUUUUUUUUUAGUUACCUAUUUUUUAUUAAUUUAUGGGUUAUUUAUUUUGUGAUGUAAUUAAAAAUAUGAAACAUUUUUUAAGGAAAGCAAUAUAACAUACAAACUUUUAUACAUUAUUAAGUACAAAUAAGUUCAAUUAUUUAUUCCUAUCUCUCAGUGAAUCUAUGUGUUAUAUGUUACUCAAGCCCUACAUCUCAACAGGGGAUAAUAGAAUUAGAAGAAGAUAAACUGGAAUCUUAAGUAUACCAAAAAUUACUUUAAAUGUUAUAAAAAUGUAUUAUUAACCUAUCUACUCCUUUUCUUCCAUAGUAUAUGUAGUAGUUUAAGUAUUGAUAUUUAUUUAUUAUGACAAUUAUAUGUGUAUUAUUAUUAUAUAGUUUAUGUAGUCGUAAGUGUAUUUAUCUUUUAUUUAUUUUUAUACGUACAAGUAUUCCCAUGCUGCACUAUCUCUCCUGUACUUAAAGGUUGCCUGGAAGAGAUUGCUACUUAGCAAUAAGGCCACCUAUUGUACUCAUUCUAUUUCUCUUUUGUUUUGUAUUUUGUUUUUUCUUGUUUGUGCAAUAAAGUAUUUGUUAUGUUAUAUUAUUAAAUUUAAAUAAUGUGUAAUGUGUCAGGAUUGUAGUAGGUGGAAGUCCCUACCUACACCAAUGGGAAAUAGGUGUGAUUGUGUACCCAAAAAAUGUGUCAUGACUAAUAUAUUAAGUACAAAAGAUAAUUUAUUUAAACCAAGUUAUAUUUCUUAGCUUUGACAUAGUUGUGUCAAAAGAUACCGAAAAAAUAAAUACUUGAACACUGCUGUGACACCAAUAAUUAUUUACCUGUAUUUUUUUCUUGUAUGAUGUAUUAUUGUACUAACAUUUAAAUAUACUUAUAAAUGUGUACGAAAAGAUAACCUUACAUUUCUUAGAUAGUAUUCCUAUUAGAUUCUUGUUACGUGUUUCAAUUUAUUUAUUUUUUAAUUUAUCGGCCUGAUAGUCAUUAUCCUGUCGACUGUUUUAUGAACAUAAUUUGAUAUCA